UGCAGUAUGCAAUGAGACGAGCUGGUCAGAAUCCUACAGAUGUUGAAGUUCAAGAUUUACUCAAUAAUAUUGAUAAUGGCAGUGGAACUAUUGAUUUUGAGGAUUUUCUUGUUGUAAUGAGAGAGAAGGUUCGAGAAAUAGAUCUAGAAAUACAUUUCAAGGAUACGUUCAGAGUCUUCAGCAAGGAUGAGGAUGGUUGUAUUCCUGCUGAUGAACUAAAGUUUGUGAUGAACCAUUUACCAGGAAAGAUAAACUAUAAAGAGAUUGAGGAGAUGAUUGAAACAGUGGAUAGGAAUGGAGAUGGUAGAAUUAGCUAUAGUGAGUUCAGGUAGG